AUGGAAAACGCGUCGCACUCGCGCAACGCUUCUGCGGAUCACCACUCUUAUGCACUGAUCCUUGAGCACAUCCUCAGUGACCCAGCUACCUACGAACUACCUCUACGCACCAUGUACACUAUCAACUCUACCCCCGCCGCACGUGCUGGACACUCUCUCUCCCACACACGCACACGUGAGAACUCAAUAGACUCGCGUACCAGCGAGUCACCAACUUCCCCAAAUUUUCCCUUCCGCAACGACACGGCCACCGAGUCACUGUCAACAAACCUCAUGGCACAAAUGGCUAGCCUUCCGUCGCAACCCACUUCACUGCCGCCUUCUUUCAUUACCGCUUUCCUCCGCAAGGCUUUCUCCGCCGACCUUCGCUUUGUUGACUUCCCUCAAGCUUUGACUGGACUCGACUACCUCAAAGACCUAGAGACUAGAAGACGCAGAGAAGUCGCUGCAGCCUUGGAAUGUCUGGGCAUCGACCGCAACACUAUCGGCGCUGCGGAGGAGGAGCUUUCUAGACGCUACCCUGGCGUGCUCUCAUGGUUUCGCACACUCGAAGAGAAGGAACGCAAGAUCGAGGCUCUCUACACACAAGUCUACGUUGCUCUUCGCCGCUGGGUCCUCAUCAACGAGCUCUCAUUGACUCCCUUCAACAAGCACAACUGUAUCGCCAUGCUUAACACCCUCUACCCUCCUAUUGUCUCUUCUCAGCCUACAUCUAAACUCACUCCUGGAAUCUUAAAGAAGCAACGUGAUACCUUCUUCAAGUACAUCCAAGCCGUCGAGAAGAGUGGUCCCGCUGUCCUGAUCAACCUCAUUCAGCAAGGCAAGAAGCCCACCGACGAGAAUGGCUGGGCAUCAACUCGCAACACCCUUGACAUGUAUCUGCAAGUCGCCAACAGUCUCAUCUCUGAAUGUCAAGAAAUCCUCUACACCGACACAACUUCUAUCAUCGACUCGGCCGAGACCAAACGCAAAGGUCGCAAGGUUGAUUCUGGCAUAAGCUUCCCCGAAUCUGACCACCGCCGCCCUUCAUCUAGCAGCAGCAAGAGCAGCAAGAAUUCCUUCUCCGAAGAUGCUCCAGUCAAUGAGAUGCGUCGUAAAUCAUCCUCUGGCAUCCUUCGCACCUCGGGUUUGAUGAAGUUCGCUCGCGAAAUGAAGAAUAUGGGCUUCAACAGAACUGAUAUCCGCAGCUUCAGCAACCUCGGUGGCCUACGUUCUGGCAACUCCAGUUCGACUUCCUUGGCUAGCAGUGGUAACCGCAGCGACGUUCCUCACUUCGACGCCGAUGAGAUGAAGAGACAGCGUCUCAUCUACGAAGCUAAUGCCGCAAAGCAGCAAAAGCCUUGA